GGUAAUGGCACUCAAAUCUAUCUACAUGAGAGCAUUCACAUGCCUCUGUUGCUUGAUUUUAUCUUCACUUGUUUUGACUACUUCAGGACAUUAUCUCAAGCAACAGACGUAUGAUAGUGAAAUUUCUCCAUGGGAUGUGCUAGAAGUCCAAAUUCCACAAUCUUGGAAAGCGCCAAUAACGAUGGAAAAAAGGGCGAUGAUGCGUUUGGGUAAACGGGCGACGAUGCAUUUUGAUAAGCGGGCAAUGAUGAGGCUUGGCAAGUAGAAGUGUUCGAUUCGGAGCGGAUAACUCUUUGACGAUCAGCCGCGAUGGUUCAGCUGUUGAAGCUUUGCUCUGUUAGGAGUCAUAAUUCGCUUAUUUUGUCAAUAAAAUAUGUUGUAA